UUAUUUUGUCUCUCAGCUUAUCAACUUCACGUUCGCUUCUCUUUCUCUCUCUACAGAUUUUUCCAAACGCUCAGAAAAUUGGGAACUUCUCAUUCUUCUUCUUCUUCCCUCACGGUCGCGGUUCAUUUCUUAGAAUCUAACCCUAAUCUUCACCGAUUUCGACUGUGGAAUAGUUUGUCAGAUCUCCUUGUUGUUUGUUGUGGAAUAACCCUAACAAAGAGACGUUAUUUCGAUUGAUUUGUCGUUACGGAUUUUGUGGCGGAUGCGUUAUUGGAGGUGCGUCGGUAGCGUUCUUGUGGAUAAGGUAUCGUUGGAACUGGUUUUGAUUAAAUUGAAUCAUUGAUGCCGCCGGAGCCAUUGCCAUUCGACCGGAAGGACUUUUUGAAGGAUAGGAAGCCGUCGUAUGCGGACCCUGUAGGAAUUGUUCCGCCGCGAUGGAGAGAGCCGCCUACUACUCCUUCGCAGCAUAACAUCCAUGGAUCCUCCUCGUUUUGUCGAUGGGGCGCUGGAGGUGGACCCUCUGAUUUCCGCCGACCCUUUUCCGGUCUUCAUGGUAAACGGGUUGGUGGUGGCUGGCACAAUACAACAGUUGAAUCAGGCAGCAAAGAGAAUAGUUGUAUGGCUUUUGGUAGUCUGAAAGACCCUAAAGGAGUCAACUCUUGGGAGACCACUGCAUCACCCAACGGUAACUCUCUUCCCCAUAAUGACUUUGUGAACUCGCUGGAUCAACUUCAGUCAGCUGACCAACAUGCUAAGAACAGCCAACUGGGUAACAACACUCCUCUUCGAUCCCCUUCUGAGGAUGCUUCCCCCUGUGUGACACCAAUGACUCAUGAUGAGGCUACCUCCCGCAAGAAGCAGCGCCUUGGAUGGGGGGAAGGCCUUGCCAAGUAUGAGAAAAAGAAGGUUGACCCUGAAGAUAUUCUUGAUAAAGAAGCUGGAGCUAGAAAUGGUAUGGUUGAUGGUGUUAGUGGUUCAGAACCUUUGCUUACUAGUCCUUCUAGUUUGACUGAUAAAAGCCCCAGUGUCAAUGGUUAUUCAGAAUGUGCAUCUCCUACUACUCCUUACUCGUAUGCCUGCAGUUCCUCUCCAGGUCUAGAAGAAAAGGAAUCUACUAAGACAGUUACAGUGGAUAACAGCACCUGUAAUCCUGCUUCUUGUCAUGUGUCUGAGAAUGACACAGAGGGAUUAUCAUCAAAUUUGGAGAAUUUGGAGCUCAACUUUAGCUCUGCACUUGAUAAACUGCUGCAGGCUGAUGAUUUGUGUUCUCCAGGGUCUAAAUUUGUGAAAUCUACUGCAAUGGACAAGUUACAUGUAUGGAAAGCAGAGCUGACAAAAACACUUGAAAUCACAGAAACUGAAAUUGAUUCUCUUGAGCAUGAAUUGAAGUCAUUGGUUUCUGAUGCUGGUUCUUUCCCAACCGAAUACCAGAAUAAGACUUGUGGUGGACCUUUGCCUGUGGAGAAAACUGAUAGUUCUCCAGAAGAAGUCAAUGGAGCAGAAGAUUCAGAUGACAAGAGUUCAGACACAACAUCUGAGUUUGUGGAAUCCGUUUCUAAAUGCUCUGAAGAUGUUGGUAAUGAUGAUGUUUUAGGCUUUGUACCUUCUUGUGGGGACCGCAGUAGCUCUACAGUUUCAGAUGGUGAGGAUGUAGAUAAUGGCAGAGAAGAUGAUAAGUUAUAUCAUUUCAUAUUCGCUACAAACAAAGUGAUAGCAAAUGAAACUUCUGAUGAACUUAAUAGGAUAUUAUUGCCAACUACACACUUAUGUAACAAGAUUUCGAAAUCCACCGAUGAAUCAUUGAAUAAGACUAAAAUUGCUUCGAGGAAGCGUUUCCUUAAGCUUAAGGAAAGGGUUAUCACAAGUAAGUUUCGGGUAUUACAACAUGCAUGGAAGGAAGAUCUUCAGUUGCUUUCUGUAAAAAAAACUGGUGGCAAGUCACAGAAGAAGUUUGAAUCGAGCUCACGAAUGGGAUAUGCUGAUCAUCAAAAAUACUGUUCUUCAAUUCAUUCUCGUUUAUAUCCUUCUGGUGGGAGUGUGAGUCUGGUUCCAUCCACAGAGGCACUUGAUUAUGUGAAGAAGCUGCUUUCAGAUUCACGGGUGAAGGUUCAGAGAAAGACAUUAAAGAUGCCUUGUUUGAUAUUAGACAGGAGCGAACGAAUGAUGACAAGGUUUGUUUCAGAUAAUGGAUUGGUGGAGGACCCUGUUGAAGUUGAAAAGGAAAGAUCCAUUGUCGGCGCCUGGACAGAAGAAGAGCAGAAAAUCUUUUUGGAGAAGUACUCUCUGUUUGGAAAAGAUUUCAAGAAAAUCGCAUCUUUUCUGAAAAACAAAACAUGUGGUGAUUGUGUUGAGUUUUACUACAAGAACCACAAGUCUGAUUGUUUUCAGAAGAUAAAGAAGAAAUCAGCAUUUGCAAAAGGGAUGUCUUGUAUUACUAAUACUUACCUGGUGACAUCUGGGAGGCGAAUGGCUGCAGAUGCUACUUCCCUUGAAAUGCUUGGUGCUGCUUCAGAAAUGGUUGCCAGUGUGGAUGGUGAACAUAAACUGCAUUCAGAAAUGUUUUGCAAUGCGCAGGAAACUGGUGCAGGCGAUGAGAGUUGUGGAGGAGAGAUGAAUCCUACUUCUUCUGAUUGGACAGAUGAAGAGAAGUCUAGUUUCUUGCAGGCAGUGAGAUCUUAUGGGAAGGAUUUUUCAAUGAUUUCAAGAUGCUUGAAAACAAGGUCGAGAGAUGAGUGCAAAGUUUUCUACAGCAAGGCUCGGAAAUGUCUUGGAUUGGAUUCCAUUCACAGUAAAGCUGGUGAUGGUGGUGAUGAUGGUGAUGUUGAUCAUGGUCAUGAUGAUACGUGCAUGGUGGAUAGUGGGUCGGUUAUCUCAUGCGAUAAAUCAUCUUCAGAUGUAAAGAUGGAAGUAGAAGACCUCCUUCACUCAUCUGAUUCAAAGCAAGAAGUUCCUGAAUCUGAAUCUGAGCAGAUUGUAGUAAAGGAGGAGUCAAAACAGUUGCAGGACCUUAAUUCAAGAGACAGCAGCAUCUGUAUGGAUUUAAGCAUUGAGCAGCAACCUGUGAAUAACAAUAACACUAACCAUAUGGAGUUGAAUGGUGUAGAAAAGUCAAAGGGUUGUGAAGAUAAUGGUUUUCUUCCAGGUGUGAGUUCACACAGGAAGAGUGUUAGCCAAGAUGAUAUUGAUACAUCAUCAAGACUCUCAUUUAGAAAAAGCAUUGGUGGUUCUCAAAGAUGCUCAAGUACUGAUGGGUAUCAUCAUCUUCCAAAACAUUCAUUAAUGGAUUGUGUUGAAUCUUCCCAAGUUGUACAAAAAGAUGAAAAUCUGUUACCAGAGCACUGUCUGCCACGUGAUUCUUGUUUGCAAAAACCGAGUCAGAGACAGAGACAGGGUGAGGGUGAGGGUGAUGUGAAACUUUUUGGUCAGAUCCUAAUAAAGCCCUCUUUGUCUUUAUCUGGAUCAAAAACAAAUACUAGUAGUUUGCAAGAGAAUGGUGAAAAAAGAAAAUCAUCUUUUAACUUGAAGUUUGAUAUUGAUAAUAAUACUAAUAAUGAUCAUGGUUUAUCAGAGGUUCCAUUGAGGAGGAGUUAUGGGUUUUGGGAUGGGAACAGAAUACAAACCACCGGGUUUCCUUCUUUACCAGAUCCUUCUUCCAUCUUGGUUUCUGGUUUUGGUAAUUCUUCUUCAUCUUCUUCAGUCAAGACUGGUUUUCAAACAAGACAAGUGUAUUCAUACAAAAACCAGGAGCCUUUCAAAGGGGUUUUGGUUUCAGAUCCAGUGGCAGCCAUUAGAAUGCAUUAUGCUAAAACAGAACAGUACAACAAUGGCAGUAAUAGCGGUGAUAUAGGUAGCAGAUGAUGAUGAUGAUGGUUUUUUUAUCUCGCCUCUGUAUUAUAUGUAAGGAAUUGAGCAGCAGUGAUAGGAGUUAGGAUGAUGAUUGGAUGGCUGAUAUAGGAGAAGCCGUCUUUUUUGGUCUUUUUUAGGUUGUUUUCAUUUUGGGGAAUAUGGGAAGAGGUUUGUAGUUUGUUGUAUUUAUUAAUCAAGAUACACAAAAUAAUUCUGUCUGUCGAUGCCAAUGUCAAUGUUGUUUGUAGGUAAGGAAAUAGAGGUUAUAUUAUAGUAGUCUUCUUUUUCAAAGGAGUUUGUAUUUGUGUUGUGGAUGAAUGACGAUGAUGUUUAAAGUCUUUAAAAAGUAAUGGAUAAUGGAUUUUCAAGUUGGUUUGAUUGUCAUGUGCUGUGUUGGAUGGAGAAAGUGGAGGGUUGUAGGUUGACUUUCAAGUGAUAAAUGGAGGGUUUGAAUGUUACUUUAUUGGUAAACAAUGAUGAUUGAUGACAUCGUCCACGUGGGUGGGUGGGUGUCAACAGUCAACAUCUUUUGUGAAGAGGAUAGGAUUUGACAGUUUGAGUUUUGUUAUUUUAUCUAUUUAAAAGUUUAGGUGAGAUUCCAACUUUAUUAGUUGGUGUGAGAAAGACGGAGGAGCUACUUGCAAAGUUGCAAUUUGCAAAUUCGUAUAUAUUAGUAUUUAAUUAUUUAUUAAUUAAAUCAUUAUUGCUUUAACCAGACAAAACUUAUAACUUCUUCCAUCUCAAUCAUCUCUUUUAUUCAACCGUGCUCUUGAGGUGCUCGAUAAUUUCAUGAUACCAAUUGUAAGGGAACGAAUCAUCUAAAAUUCACAUAUAUCUUUUUUUUUUUUUUUUUCUUUUUCUGAACGACAUUAAUAUAUUAGCAAACAGACCCUCACAAACAAUACAAUUUUUAACAUUACAAGCGAAAAAGAAAAGAUAAUCCAAACAUUUCAACUAAGCUUCACCCUAUUUUUAGUCAAUAAAAAACAUUAGUAACCAUGUCUUCAAGCACGAUUGCAUGCCUACACAUUUUGUUGUUGAGCUCAUGUCAUUUAGCUUUCCAAAUUAACAAUAGUCUUGCCAAAUGAGUGAGUCCAACAGUUUUUGGAUUUAGUCGGCCGUUGACUGUUCCCAGUUUCCAAAUUAGCAAUAAACAUACGUUAAAAAUUAGAAAAAUGUAAGGAAUGAUAGUAUAUUUAUUAUUUUCUUAGGUUUUAUUUUGAAAAAAAAAAAAACAAAAUAGCCACGACCAGACCAAUACUCUUUUUCUCUUCUCCAUCGCCGGCGAGCUAUGUGCAGCGAGGCUGACGGCUGACCACUCCUGGAGGCUGAAGCUAAUGAGCACCGUUAAGGAAAAAUCCACUUCUCUUGUUAUCUCUGAAACCGGACGCGAAAAGAGGAAGUAAUCGUAUUGAAUAGGGUGUCGUUCAGAUCCGAUAGCGUAACCUCUCCGUCAUUCUAAUCUCGUGUUUUAUUUUCUUUUCUCUCUCUCUCUCUCUCUCUAGACAUUUUCUAUACGCACAGAAAAAUUCAGGUUAAAGUUUGCCUUCACUUUCCCUCCCUGCAGCGUUUUCAUUCUCAAAUUAAACACUAGGUUUCUUGUAUUACGAUUUUUCAAUUGCUAGGUUUCUUGUUUUUAUUUUCGUGGUGGAUGCGUUUUUGGUGGUAGCGUUCUCGUGGAUAAGGUUUUGUUUGAAGGGUUUGAGUCUUGACAGCUCAAUCACCAUCAAUGAACAAGUAAGGAGCGUUUAAACUUUGAAAGUGGUUCUUCUAUAUCAAAAAAAAUGUUGGAGGAUCCAAAAUUUGCAGGUAUGUUGGGUGUCAAUCAUGGAAACGAUAACUUUGUUGACCUAUCAUAAGUGUUCUACCAUAAGCUUGGUGAAGGUUCCAACAUGUCAAUCGACAGCUUCAAUAGUUUACAAAUGAGCAACACAGGUGGGUCCAUUGCCAUGUCACUUGACAACAGUAGUGUCGGGUCAAACGACUCACACACUCGCAUCUUAAACCACCAAGGUCUAAAGCGUGUCAAAAAUAAUUACACUGAUGCCCUUAGUGUCAACAGAGGAAGAGUCUAUCAAGGCUUAAGUGAUGAUGCUCUUGCUAGAGCUUUAUUAGACACCCGUUUCCCAACAGAAGGGCUUGAAAAUUUCGACGAAUGGACAAUUGAUUUAAGGAAACUCAGCAUGGGACGCGCUUUCGCACAGGGUGCAUUUGGGAAGCUUUAUAAAGGCACAUACAUUGGUGAAGAUGUUGAUAUUAAGCUGUUGGAGAAACCAGAGAAUGAUUUGGAGAGAGGACAACUUAUGGAGCAACAGUUUCAGCAAGAGGUUAUGAUGCUUGCAAGGUUGAAACAUCCAAAUAUAGUAAGGUUUAUUGGUGCAUGUAGGAAGCCUAUGGUGUGGUGUAUUGUGACUGAAUAUGCUAAAGGAGGUUCUGUGAGGCAGUUUUUAGCUAAGAGACAGAAUAGAUCAGUGCCUUUGAAAUUAGCUGUUAAAUAGGCGCUUGAUGUUGCAAGAGGAAUGAAAUAUGUUCAUGGAUUUGCAUUGAUUCAUAGGGAUUUGAAAUCUGAUAAUCUUUUGAUUUCUGCUGAUAAGUCAAUCAAGAUUGCUGACUUUGGAGUUGCUAGAAUUGAAGUGCAGACUGAAGGAAUGACACCCGAGACUGGGACCUACUGUUGGAUGGCUCCGGAAAUGAUACAACACAGGCCCUACACACAAAAAGUGGAUGUCUACAGCUUUGGAAUUGGUCUUUGGGAACUGAUCACUGGAAUGCUUCCAUUCCAAAACAUGACAGCUGUCCAGGCGGCAUUUGCGGUUGUCAAUAAAGGUGUCCGCCCGACAAUCCCACACGACUACCUGCCCGUGCUGACCGAAAUCAUGACACGUUGCUGGGAUGGAAACCCUGAUUCCAGACCGGCGUUCACGGAAGUUGUCAGAAUGCUUGAACAUGCAGAAACCGAAAUCAUGACUACAGUCCGGAAAGCUUGAUUCCGGUGUUGCAUGAGUCAGCCGAUGACUACUAAUUGAAGGAAAAACAGGCAAGAAACAGGAAGGGAGAAAGAAAAGAAAAAUUAUAUUAUGAUAUCAAGGACUACUACCUACUACUUGUUUUGUUGGAUUUUAUUUUUGAUUUUAUGGAUUGUGUUGCUGAAUUUUAGUAGUAAUGAUAAUGGAGGAGAUUUGAUGUA